GCACAGGCAGUUUCAAUUUUCGAUUCCAGCUGGCUGCGCCGAAAAGUAUACCGGAAGCUGCGGUUCUGCAGCUGGAGGUAUAUCUGGACGAGCAUUGGCCCGAAGUUGAGGCGGAGCCCAACUUUUGCGAACGGCAGAAGCGGGCGAAACAGGUGCGCAAUAUCUCCAUAGGGCCUGGUGCCAAUUGGACGGAAUGGUCACAAGGCACGUUAAGCCAGAAUAUCCGUCCUCACAUCUGGUAUUUUGUGAUAUCGGAUUGUCAGCAAGCGCUUGCAAACUUCACGCACAGGUUGAAGUUCGAAUUUCAUGCGCAGCAGCCAAACGGAUCAGAAUUUAGCGUCGAGAUGCGAGGCAUGCUUCUAGCAAAUGUAUUAUUUCUAGCUUCCUUCGUUGUUUUCCUGCAUUGGUUUACCAAGAGGACCCUGGCUUUUGGAAAAAGCGCUGGGUAUGUGCAUCCGGUCAUCUGGACACUAGCGGCGGGAAUGAUUACGCAGUUUGUCGCUCAGACGAUGCACACCAUCCAUCUGCUCGCAUACAAAUAUGAUGGUGAUGGCCUCAAAGCUUGUGAAGUUCUUUCGGAGAUCCUUUUCAUGUUGGCGCAGGUGAUUCAGACGUCAUUGUUGAUUUUGAUAGCACUUGGCUACACACUCCUCCAGUCCAAGAUUGGGGAGCUAGACUUGAUGAUUCCGAUGUGCUUCAUGAUUGGAGUGAUCCACAUCAUGCUGGUAGGGUUUGGCAAGAUCAAGGAUGAUGCAUCCUACAAGUACCACGAGAAUGAGGGAGUGAUCGGCUGGAUACUUCUUUCUCUCAGGUUAGGCCUGUACGGCUGGUUCCUCUGGGCAGUGCAGUCUUCUGCUCGCGAGGGUGGCUUCAAAAUCGCCAACUUCCUGCGGCAGUUCCGAAUCGCUGGCUCGUUAUACUUCCUUGCAUUUCCUGCCAUAUUUUUGGUCACACAACUUUUUGCUCAGUACCUGCAGCACAGCGUCAUGACAAUAGGUCAGAUGGUCAUGCAGACAGGCUUCAACCUUUGGUUGUCCUCUCUCUUCCUGACCCGAGGGGAGUACUUCAAGGCACAAAUCCUCCGGAUAUUCAUAGGAUCAGUUUCGAAGCUAUCGGAAACGCGAAACGCAGAAUUGGCCGUGCUUUGUUCUGGCUCAAUAACGUGGUGCCGGGGUGCCGUGCUGGAGCCUGCCCUGGUAGGAGUCAACAUGUUUGCCGCCAUGCUGCUUGAUGCAGAGCUCAAGUUUUGUGAAUGUGCUUUGCGCAGCCGCAAGCUUGUUUAA